UCGCGCCCAGAGCGCAGCCCGGCCCGCGGCUCCGGCGCGUCCCCUGCGCCCCACGCCCGCCGGCUCGCGGGGCACUUUGCUCUGACGUCCGCCUCCCGGGCUCUGACGACCGGCCGCCCUUAUAAAGGGGACUGUGGCCAAUACUGGAUCGAUCGCCUCUUGGCCGCGCCGAGCGCCCCGAGCCGCGCCCACACCUGUCAACUUCGCGCGCUCAGCGAUUCUGGAGACUCCGAGUGCGGAGCUUCGGGAGCUGGACCCUCCUGGCCUGCAGCCCCGAGCCCCGACCACACGCCAGUGUCCGGUGCAGUCUCGACCGAGAGGAGCCUGGACCCGCGGAGCGCUUCCCUGCGCGGUGGCCACUCCAGAAGUCUUAAUGAAGUAGCUGCCGCGGCAGAGCCCAGAGCCCUCAGUGACAAUGGAUUUCCAGGUGGAAGGGCUGGUAGCCAUCGUGGUGUUCUACCUUCUCAUCUUGCUGGUCGGCAUCUGGGCCGCCUGGAGGACCAAGAACAGUGGCAGUGCGGAGGAGCGUAGCGAGGCCAUCAUCGUGGGCGGCCGCGACAUCGGGCUGCUGGUGGGUGGAUUCACCAUGACAGCCACCUGGGUUGGAGGAGGCUACAUCAACGGGACAGCGGAGGCCGUGUAUGUGCCAGAUUACGGCUUGGCGUGGGCUCAAGCACCCAUUGGAUAUUCUCUUAGUCUGAUUUUAGGUGGUCUGUUCUUCGCAAAACCCAUGCGUUCCAAGGGCUACGUGACCAUGCUAGACCCCUUCCAGCAGAUCUAUGGGAAGCGCAUGGGUGGGCUGCUGUUCAUCCCUGCACUGAUGGGAGAGAUGUUCUGGGCAGCAGCCAUCUUCUCAGCCUUAGGAGCCACCAUCAGCGUGAUCAUCAGGGCCAGUGUGCACAUGUCUGUCAUCGUCUCCGCGCUCAUCGCCACCCUGUACACCCUGGUGGGCGGGCUGUACUCUGUGGCCUACACGGAUGUCGUUCAGCUCUUUUGCAUUUUUGUGGGCCUGUGGAUCAGCGUGCCGUUUGCGCUGUCCAAUUCUGCAGUUUCUGACAUUGGCUUCACUGCCCUGCACACCAAGUACCAGAAGCCCUGGCUGGGGACCAUCGAGCCAUUUGAAAUCUACACGUGGCUUGACAGCUUUUUGUUGUUGAUGCUGGGUGGAAUCCCGUGGCAAGCCUACUUCCAGAGGGUCCUGUCUUCAUCCUCCGCCACCUACGCUCAGGUGCUGUCUUUCCUGGCAGCUUUCGGGUGCCUGGUAAUGGCUCUGCCAGCCGUGCUCAUUGGAGCCAUUGGCGCAUCGACAGCCUGGAACCAGACUGCAUAUGGGCCUCUUGCUCCCAGGGAGAAACAGGAGGCAGACAUGAUCUUGCCGAUUGUCCUCAAGUAUCUCUGCCCCGUGUACAUUUCUUACUUUGGUCUUGGAGCUGUUUCUGCUGCUGUCAUGUCCUCAGCAGAUUCUUCCAUCUUGUCAGCAAGUUCGAUGUUUGCUCGCAACAUCUACCAGCUUUCAUUCAGACAAAAUGCUUCCGACAAGGAGAUCGUCUGGGUCAUGCGCAUCACGGUAUUUGUGUUUGGAGCUUCUGCGAUGACCAUGGCCUUGCUAACGAAGACAGUGUAUGGGCUCUGGUACCUCAGCUCUGACCUGGUCUACAUUAUCAUCUUCCCGCAGUUGCUCUGCGUGCUCUUCAUUAAGGGUACCAACACGUAUGGGGCCGCGGCAGGUUACAUCUCAGGCCUUUUUCUGCGAGUCACUGGUGGGGAGCCCUACCUGAACCUGCAGCCUUUGAUCUUUUACCCUGGCUAUUACAUUGAUAAAGGUGGCAUAUAUAACCAGAGAUUCCCAUUUAAAACCCUCGCCAUGGCGACCUCAUUUUUAUCCAACAUUUGCAUCUCCUAUCUAGCCAAAUACCUGUUUGAAAGUGGAACCUUACCACCAAAAUUGGAUGUAUUCGAUGCUGUUGUCGCAAGGCACAGUGAAGAAAACAUGGACAAGACGAUUCUGGUUAGAAAUGAAAACAUUAAACUAGAUGAACUUGCACCUGUGAAGCCACGGCAGAGCAUAACUCUCAGCUCGACCUUCACCCAUCAGGAGGCCCUCCUGGAAAUGGAUUCAAGUCCAGAGGGCUCUGGGACUGAGGAUAAUUUACAGUAACCACAUCUGCAUAAAACUCUGCUUUCUCAGAUGAGGCACUAGAGCAGACUAGUCCUGGAAGUGUGGUUUGCAGCAUAUACAGUAUAUUAAAAAAAAAUAACAAUGAGCAGGACAGAAAUCCAUAGAGUAGUGAACUUGCACAGAUCCAAGACAAGUCAGGAGGAAGCACCCUUGAAGCAGCACCUCUGUCUCCUUCAUGGACACGUCUCAUCUUCAUUUAAUUUUGACUCCUGGAAGUUUUGUUAAGUAUCUGAACAUGACUAAAAUCCCACUCAAAAAACAGAAAGCCAAAUAGAGUAUUCACCUUAAUUAUGGAAAAAGGAAGUUUAGAUACGAGAAAGCCAAGGAGUUUAAGUAGCCUUGAUCCUGACCUUGUUGGAGAAUGCCCCGAGAGUCUGAUUUAACUAUCACACUGAAGUUAUAAGGAUAAUUUCUGUCACUCCACUGGAUGGUACAAUGAAUUUGUCAGCUGAUUUCUCUGGUGUGAUGAGUAAUUUCUUCUUUCCUGUUAACUAUAACAUUUGCUGAAUAUGCAGUUUGUUUCUCUUUUACUGGUGAUGUGUGUUAUCCUGAGCACAGGCAAAGCAAACAAAAAAAUAUUGUGUAGCAGCAUGUCUUGACAUGCAAGGUAAUAGUAAGGUAGAGUGCAUCUUGGUAGAGUAUUCCUGGCUCCUUUGGAUGUAUCUAAAACUACCAUAAGACUACCAUAUGCAUUGGGGAAAGUACGUACAGUGAGAAAGGCGUGAUCAUUAGGCAAUCUGACAGUGAUAAAUCAAGAAGGCCAUUAAGUAGAAAGUGCCAGGAACAGCAGUGAAUUUUACCUUCAUUUGAGGUUUGGAACAUUUUGCUUCAUGACAAAAAUGUCAUCUCUUGACCGUCUAUUUGUAUUAGAAGUGAAAUUGAGCCACUUAUAAGGUGAGAUAGCUACAGGGCCUAUCAAAGUGAGAGACAAACCACACUACUGAAAGUAGUAAAACUAGAAAAGUAAAACUACUCAAUUUUGAGUGUUUGUUAAUGAAGAUGGUUUGUUAAUGAGUGUCAGGAGAGCUACUCUGCAACACAUUUUUGCAGAAGCCAGUCUUAGGUACUAGACAAAUCACUACUACAAGUGGUAUACAGUGAAUUUUAAAAUGCAGAAGAAAGGAGAAAGUAAAAAUACAUUCUAACGGAAAGAAGCCAUCAAUUUUAACAUUUGGUAUCUACAUACCUUUCAUGAGGUUGGUCAUUGAAUAUUGUUUUACUUCUUUUCUGGAGUUAAAAAAAAAUAUGUGUAUAUUUAUACAUUAUGGUUUGUAUCCAUUUUAGAAUUUUAAAUGUUUUUCCACCAGUCACACAAUAGAAAUAACUGGCGCUACUUCUACAAAAGCAGAAUAAACUAAUCAGAUGAAAAGUUAUCUGAACAUUUGAUCCAAUAAAGGAAAACAGUCUGAGUCAUUCAAACUAACACAAUUAUUCAAACAAAAAAAAAAUUCUUUUUUUGGCAAUUCAUAGACAAAGUGAAGUGAAUUCAGUGUCAACUUUAAGUCCAAAAGUUGUGUUUAGGAAGCUAGAAUUCCUUGUUUAUUGUAAUUGUCUAAAGGCAACAAAUAAUAAUUUCCUUUGUUAUUAAGUGAAGUGAAAGUCGUUCAGUCACGUCCAACUCUGUGACCCCAUGAACUAUAGCCCACCAGGCUCCUCUCUCCAUGGGAUUUCCCAAGCAAGAACACUGGAACGGGUUGCUGUUUUCUUCUCCAUGUUAUUAAACAUGAAUUUAAUUUACAGGGUAAUUCUUAAAUAUGAAAAUAAGUAAUUUUACUUGUCAUUCCCAUAUUUUAAUUGUCAUUCCCAUAUUUCCAGUCCAUAGGGUCACAAAGAAUUGGACAUGACUGAGUGAUUAACACUUUGACUUUCACCCAUAUUUUUAAUGAUUUAUCCAAACAUGAUGGUGAAUAAGACAUUGCAUUCAGAACUUUUACAAAACAUCAAAUAUAACCUAAAUGAAAAGAGAAUUGUUGUUACUCAUCUAUUUGCUCAGCAUCUGCUCUAUGUCCACUGCUCUAUGGAGUGCUUGAAAAGAAGCACAUUUUGGGGACCAGUAAGUAUGGGAGUCCCAAAGUUCUUGUACAUGGGUUGAGAGAAGAACCAGGAAGAGGCCACACAUUUUUUUUAAAAAACUACAAAGGUGGAAAUUUCUGACAUGUAAAGGUAGUUAACUGAUGAACUGCAGCUCCUAGCAAGUAUGCUACUUCUCUUUCCAGCACUCUGUGUAAAUAAUUAUUUUCACCCACUUCAUCACUAUAAAUUUUUGUUUCAACCCCUUUAGGCAGUCUUCCGUAAAAACACAUUACCCAUGUUAUAGUAGCAUUAAAUAGAGAAGUAGUGUCUCUACUGAUAUUAUAUUUUACAAUUUUGUUGGGUAACAGUUGUCUAAUGACCAUAUUUAAAUCCAGUGAAAAAGAAUAAAUACGAAUAGUGAAAUUUUCUCCCAUUCCAUUCAUUUUGUAAUAGUAGAAAGAUAAAGUGGGAAGAGCAUUCACCUUGUCCCAAAUGUUAAAAACCAGAAAGCUUAAAUACUUUAAGCUAAUAAAUAAUAUUCUGUUUUUAUUUAACUUACUAUUUCUUUCCUACUCUCAAACCAGAUAUACAUAAAAACUAGAUUAGUGUAAAACACACCUGUAAAUGCUUAAACAUUAGCAAGAUGAUUCUUUUAAAAGGACAAAAAAAGUUGAGUAUCCAAAGGAAUGAAAUAGCAAUUAUAAUGUCUUUAUUUAGGCUCAUUUACACACAAACUCCCCAAUUUCCAAAGAAGAAACCAAGUUGUGAGAUGUGGUAGACAAUGCAUUAUGCUCAUCACUUGCUCUGUCUUGACAUCAUGGGAAGCAUUCACAGCUUUGCAAACUUUUGUUUUUCCUUGCUGGACCUAAUAUUCAAAAACCCAUUCUCGAUGGAAAUAAAACAGCAACAUCUCAGACGCCACUGUUUCACUCUUUGGAGGUGAUAUCUGUGGGCAAAGCGUAGGAAUAAAACACAGGUUUUAUUUUCAUACUUUUACAAAGAGUGUAACGUGUUUCUUGUGUCAUUUUCAUGUUUCUUUUCAUACAUAAUUUUCAAAAUAGCAAGCUCAUAGCUGAACUGAAAUGUCAGGAACGAACUUCCAAACAGUGUUAAAAGCCAACUUCAUCGCCAAUCUUAUAAGUAAUGAAUUUGAUGUGAAUAUCAAAUGAAUGUAAGCUUGAAAUGAGUGAAUCUUAUGUAAUGGCUGUUAGCUUUUUAAAAAAAAAAAAAAUAAUGAGCUAGCAUUGUAUUUUAAAUAUAAAUGUGGCUUUUUCUUUUUAGCCUUUAAGAAAAUGUACUCUGGUAUAAUGUAUAAUUUAUUGUAAGUUUGUUAUGGAGCAGAUAGAUACAUAUAAUAGUUCUAAAUGUAUAUUUUUGUUUGUCAAAGUAUUAUAUAAACUGUGCUUAAAAUAAGUA